UUGAAGGAGAAACCCUGUAAGAAGGCAAAGCGAAGAAGCCCGCUAGUCGUAAUGCCACCAAAGUGGGUGGGCACACUUCCUAAGUAUAAGUAUGGAAACAACCUCGUCUCGUCCUAACGGAUUUCUACUACAGAGGAGACGGAGAUGAGCGCUAACAGUAUGAGACCACAGCCAGCAAUGAAAUUACACGUGCUCUUCGCCAUUUCCUUCUCCUGGGCGUUCCACGAGGUCCCACCCCCUAAGUACCAGCACUACGACCCCUUGACCUCUGAACUCCUCCUGUGUGACCAGUGUCCGCCCGGCACGGCUGUCCUGACCCACUGUACCGCCGAAACCCCCACCGCCUGCUCGCCGUGCCCCGACCGGUCCUUCUCAGAACACUGGCACUGGGGCGACAGCUGCCAAUACUGCACGACCGUCUGCAAGGAGAGGCAGCUGGUCAGUCAGGAGUGUAACAGAACCCACGACCAGCUGUGUGAGUGUAUCCCAGGCUACCACCUGGUGGUGGAGUUCUGCAUCAAACACACGUCCUGUCCACCUGGCUUCGGCGUGACUGCUCUAGACGUGUCGCUGUGUGAGGAGGCCAUCUUCCAGUCUCUGGCGUCUCUCCGUCUGUCCUCCGUCCCCCUGGAGCGUCUCCUGGAGAGCCUGCCUGGGAAGAGGGUGGACAGGAAGAGUCUGGAGAGGCUUAAGAAGGCCUGCUCCCCCCAGCAGCAGAUACUACUCCUGUUGAGACUCUGGAGAGAACAGAACAAAGACCAGGUUAAACUCUACGGCAUCAUUCAAGGUGUGAACCACUGUGAGCGUAAGGUGUCCAGGUGUGCGGGUUUGAAGAACUUGACCCUGGGUGACCUGAUGAUGGUGAUGAAGAGUCUUCCAGGGGUCCGGGCUCACGAGGAAGACAUCAGGGCCGUGGUCUCCUCAUGCCGAUCCCAGCAGUACCUCCUGCAGCUCCUACACCUUUGGAAGAACCAGAACAAGGACCUGGACAUCAAUAAGGGUCUGGCUCACAGCCUGAGCAGGCUUCGGCAGCAGGGGCACCACGCCCGCUCCUCAGGAGCAUCAAGAAGAUCAACCGGAUCAUCUCCACCUCCUCCAUACACAAGAUGUACGAGAAGAUGUUCCUCAACAUGAUCGAGGACGGGACCUGCUUCAACACCAAACCCUUCAACCAAUAGGAGAAAUGGGGCGGGUCUAAGGUG